CGUUUCUUCAAUUGAGUUUCCAUGGAUUUAGAUUCUACUCAAAAUCUUCGAUUGUAAUUAAGUGAGUGUCAGGAUCUUCUGUGAACAUCAGAUUAGAUUCUGCAUUGUUUUGUUUUUGUUGUUGGAAUGGCAAACGACGAGCUGGUGAAGUCUGAGAACCGUGAUACCUCUUUUAGGCAGGAUCAUUUUACGGGUAUUCGACACAACUAUGAACUCUUCUUUGGUCAUGACUACAAUUCCGCCUUCGAACAGCUACUCGAUAUCAACCUCCAGAUUGGUCCCUCCUAUGAGGGAAAUGAGGUCUGGAACCACCUCCAGGAACACAAUGUGAACGAUGAAAAGAAAGAAGAGGCAUGUUUAGAUGUUAACCAAAACGAUGGCUAUCUCUCUUUUCCUGAUAAUGAUGACUCUGGAACUUCUGAGAUUGAUAAAUCAAUUGUAGCUGGAGCCACGGGCGCUAUCCAAAAGCAAGAGUCUCAAGAUAUCGAUGAUAACUUAGAGUUGGAGAUGAGUCAAAGCAUCGAGUUUUCUCAGAAACCUGUCAUGGCUUCUCCUAGCCCUCAAUGCUGGUCUACUGACCAUGAAAUGGUCGUUGGUAUGGAAUUUUCUGAUGCCAAUGCUUGUAGGAAAGCAAUUAAAAAUGCAGCAAUUUCUCUACGUUUUGAGAUGCGGACGAUUAAAUCUGACAAGACUCGCUUCACCGCAAAGUGCAACAGCAAGGGUUGCCCAUGGAGGAUUCACUGCGCCAAAGUUUCUAAUGCGCCAACUUUUACAAUAAGGACUAUUCACGGGAGUCAUACUUGUGGUGGGAUUUCACAUCUUGGUCAUCAGCAAGCUUCAGUCCAGUGGGUUGCUGAUGUUGUGGCAGAAAAGCUUAAAGAAAAUCCGCAUUUCAAACCUAAGGAGAUACUAGAGGAAAUUUAUCGAAUUCAUGGAAUUUCACUUUCUUACAAGCAGGCCUGGAGGGGGAAAGAGCGUAUUAUGGCUACUCUUCGUGGGUCAUUCGAAGAAGAAUAUCGCCUUCUUCCCCAAUACUGUGAUGAAAUCAGAAGGUCUAAUCCCGGGAGCGUCGCUGUGGUUCAUGUGAAUCCGAUUGAUGGGUGCUUUGAACACUUGUUUAUUUCUUUCCAAGCAUCAAUCUCUGGUUUCUUGAAUGCUUGCCGGCCUGUUAUUGCACUGGACAGUACUCUUUUAAAGAGCAAAUAUCCAGGGACGUUGCUACUUGCCACUGGAUUUGAUGGAGAUGGAGCUGUAUUUCCUUUCGCAUUCGCUAUUGUUAAUGAAGAGAACGAUAGCAACUGGCAUCGGUUUCUCUCCGAGCUUCGUAAUAUUCUAGAUGUUAACUCUGAGAAUAUGCCAAAGCUUACCAUAUUGUCCAGCGGAGAGAGACCCGUUGCUGAUGGGCUCUGUUCUGGUGGACCUUUUUGGGAGGCUGCACAUUGUCUCACUGUUCUCGAGUUCAAAACAAAAAUCAACAAGAUCGAGCAGAUAUCCCCGGAAGCUUCCUUAUGGAUCCAAAACAUCUCUCCUGCUCGAUGGGCAUCUUCAUACUCCGAAGGAACAAGGUUUGGACGUUUAACUGCAAAUGUUAUUACCGAGUCACUCAGCAAUUGGAUUGAAGAUACCACAGGUCUUCCUAUAAUCCAAAUGAUGGAGUGUAUCCACCGCCAUUUGAUAAAUGUGUUGAAAGAACGCCGUGAGACGAGCUCACAUUGGUCUGAUGUGCUUGUUCCUUCUGCCGAGAGACAAAUGCUUGCUGCUAUAGAACAAUCUGGUGUUCACCGAGUUUACAGAGCAAACGAAACAGAAUUUGAAGUCAUGACUCAUGAAGGAAAUGUCGUUGUAAAUCUGGAAAACCGUUCGUGUUUAUGCGGCCGGUGGCAGGUUUAUGGUUUGCCGUGUAGCCAUGCCGUUGGAGCUAUCUUGUCUUGCAAAGAGGAUGUUUAUUUUUACACAAAGAGUUGUUUCACUGUGGAGAAUUACAGAAGAGCUUAUGCAGAAACUGUAGAGCCGAUAUCAGACAAAGGUCAGUGGAAAGGAAAUGAUUCAGAGAGAGAUAGCGAAGAUGUAAUAAAAACACCAAAGGCUAUGAGAGUUGCUCCUAGGAAGAGGAGAAUUAGGGCAGAGGAUCGUGACCGUGUGAGGCGUGUGGUUCAUUGUGGUCGGUGUAAUCAGACCGGCCAUUUCAGAACAACUUGCACUGCUCCUAUUACCGUAGGACUGAAUUGGAUGGUGGUAACGAAGUCAGAUUCCUUAAUCUUCGCCGCAGAUUACGGAAAACAAAAACACAAUGAAGACUCAAGAAACAACAACAACAAUGGUGACGACGAACAAUCUGAGUUUCAUCAAAACACACUCCAAUUGAUCCUUACGAAUCCCACUAAUCAAUCCAUCGUCAUGCAGAGAGAAUAUUCCGGCAACAGAACUUCGACUUACUCGCAGAUAUUGGUGGUGUCAUCGAUAGGUUUGAUGAUAGCAGCCGCAGUGCAUUACCGCCUGCGGAGGAUACGUGACUCCAAAAUCAUCCCUCGUCUCAGAUUAUCUCACAAACACAAAGGCCAUGAGAAACUCGAGAGAUUCUCUCAUUACGUCGCAAGGCAAAUGGGAUUCAAGGAUAGAAGAGAGUGUCCAAAUCUCUGCAAGUUAGCAGCAGAAUACAUAAGCAAAUCUGAAUGUUGUGAAGAAGAUAUCUACAGCUUUUUCUCUGAAGAGCCUGAUGCUGACACCCUCUUCAUUAAGCUUGUUGAGGAGUUUGAAAGAUGCAUUCUCAGCUACUUUGCGUUUCACUGGAGCCACGCCGAUCUCAUGAUUAGUCAGAUACUGAGCGCGGAUGCUGAGCCAAAGAGGAAGCUGAAGCAAAUUGUGAUGGCAGCGACAAGGGAGCAGAGGAUUAAGAGGGUGACUAAGAACUUAAAAGUGGCAAGAGUGUUCAACACUUUGGUAGAGGAAAUGAAAGCAAUGGGGCUCGCGUCUGCUGAUGACUCGCAGUGUACAGAAGUUAUGGCACCAGUGGCUCACAAAGACCGAAGUCCGGUUCUGCUCCUCAUGGGUGGUGGGAUGGGUGCAGGAAAAAGCACUGUUCUUAAGGACAUACUCAAAGAAGCAUUCUGGGCAGGAGCAGACUCUGUGGUGAUUGAAGCUGAUGCUUUCAAGGAAUCUGAUGUCAUUUACAGAGCCUUAAGCUCUCGUGGCCAUGUCGAUAUGAUCCAGACAGCUGAAUUGGUUCACCAGUCAUCAACAGAUGCAGCUUCAUCACUGCUAGUGACGGCUCUGAAUGAAGGGAGGGAUGUGAUAAUGGAUGGGACACUCUCUUGGGUACCUUUUGUGGUACAGACAAUAACAAUGGCGAGGAACGUGCACCGACACCAUUACAGAAUGGGAGCUGGAUACAAGGUUGGUGAUGAUGGAGUUAUCACAGAGAACUAUUGGGAACGGAUUGGUGAAAGGCAACAGCUUCAAGAGGAUGGUCGUAGGAGAAAACCGUAUAGAAUAGAACUAGUUGGAGUUGUAUGCGAUGCGUAUUUAGCAGUUAUAAGAGGCAUUAGGAGAGCCAUCAUGUGCAGAAGAGCAGUUAGGGUGAGAUCACAGCUGAGAUCUCACAAACGGUUUGCGGAUGCAUUUCCUACAUAUUGCAGCCUUGUCGACAAUGCUAGGCUCUACUGCACCAACGCACUGGAAGGCUCUCCAAAGCUGAUAGGUUGGAAAGAAAAGGAAAAGACGUUGCUAGUGGAUACAGAAGAGAUAGACUGUUUGAAACGAGUAGGAGGGUUAAACGAGAACGCAGACUCCAUUUACGAGCUUUAUAGACAACCCAAUCCUGCUUGUGAAACUGGAUCAAUCUGGAAAGACAUUGUUCUUUCACCUUCAAGGUUUAACAUUCAACAAGAACUCAAAUACUCCAUUCAGAAAGUUGAAAGAUCUAAACAACAUCUCAACAACACCAAAAUCUGAAAAGAAAACAAGAGCAGAGUCGACAAAGAACAGUGAAACUUGUUGAUUGUAUAACUUCAAUGUUGUUGUUGCAUACAGUACUAGGAGUAAAAGUUUGUUGAUUGU